GUGCCGGGUUGACAACUGCAAACAUAGGCACACUCACAUGAGAGUUUCCGCAAUUAAUUGCAAUACAAUUUCAAUUACAUAGGCUAUAUAGACCAAACUGAUUACACAAACAUCAAAAACGUAGCCCUUAUGGCUUCGGAAAUCAUGCUUGAGCAAACAAAUACAAAUGAGACAUCAAACCUCUUAGGCUUUCCCCUUCUCUUUUUGGUGCAUUGUCAGAGACAGGAAGUGUUUUUUCACGAAUGAUUAAAAGAGCUCCCACAGAACGGUGGCGAGAAUGAACGAGUAACGCGAGGACAGAGAGAGAGACUACUAAUGCACUACUAAAUUGCUUUAUCCAUCACGAUGGACCUGUUUGAGGAAGCUUUAGAGUAUCUACAAAUUGAGAAUGUUGCCGUGCAACCAUCAUCACCGUCGGACCUCUUGGAAGAAGUGUUUACGGACGACAAUUUUCUUCAGAGCCCCCUGCGGACAGAUAGCUUCUCACUUCCAAAUGCCAGAAAUGCCUCAGAAGAUAUGCUGGAGAAAAGACUUGUGGUCCUAAGAGGUAUACUGAAUAGUGAACAGCUUUACCUGAAUGAACUGGAGACACUGUUGAUGCCCAUGAAGGCCCUCAAAGCCACAGCAGGGACCUCCCAGCCAGUCCUGUCCUGCCAGGACAUCCAGACGGUGUUCUUCCAGGUGCCAGAGCUGCUGGUCCUCCACAAGGACUUCUACCAGGGCCUCAAGGCCCGGCUGGAAGGGGCCGUGGAGCAGGACGAGGACCUGGGGAGCGAGCUGCACCAGGGGGCCUACCAGUUUUCUGUGGGAGACCUCUUCCAGAAGUUGGUUAGCCAGCUAGCGACCUACCGCGGCUUCAUCGAUAAUUAUGAGAGUGCUGUGGAGAUAGUGCGGUGCUGUACGCAGACUGACCAGAGGUUUAGAACACUUGCUGAGAGCAUGAAAUCAGGGAAAGGAUCGGACAACUCUCAGACAGAAUACACGUUUGAAGCACUCCUGUAUAAACCUCUGGACCGUGUGACCAAGACCACUCUUGUAUUACAUGACCUGCUGAGUCACACUCCUCCUGAUCACCAUGACAACGCCCUCCUCCAAGAGGCUCUUCGGAUCUCCAGUAGCUUCCUGUCGGGGCUCAAUGAGACGUCUCAGUGCAAGAAAGCCGUCACUCUGUCCAAGGGCAUGAGGCGGCAGCUGAUGCACGAUGGAUUUGUGGUGUGUGCGUCUGAGCAUGGGCCCAGCCUGCGUCAUCUCUUUCUCUACACAGACCUGCUGUUAUGCGUCAAACUCAGAGGCUAUACAUUAGGGAGGCAGACUCAGUACAGGUACAGCUGGCACAUGCCCUUGUUUGGGCUGCGCGUGCACUGGGCAGGAGAAGGGGACCACCCGCCAGAGCUCAAGCAGCGCAUCAGCUGCAUGAAGGCCAAGAUGUACCAGCUCAGAGAGGCUCUCGCACAGCAAACGGGUUAUCAGAAAAAGGGAUUGCAUUCACGUUUCAUGGAUCGUAUUCAGAGGAAGCUCCAGGAGUGUGAGCUUUGGUUGCUCACGCACUCACCAAGCCUGACCUUGGAGUUGCACAGCACCAGCGGCAGGAGUCACACUCUGCUGAUGUCGUCUCUUCAUCAGCUGGAGGAGUGGAGGGAAGCCAUUAACAAACUCAUAGGAGAGAACACAGACACAGUUCCCCCAGAUUUGCUCACUCUCACCAACUCCUGUGUCAAGCUCAGAAUGACCCAACAGCCGCACCUAGAAAGCCUGCAUUAUGGUAAUGCAGUCCGGUCUCUGUGUGGCACUCUCAGUGUGGUCAUCCACUCAUGCAGUGGUCUGCAGCAGCCAGCUUGUGUGUGGGUGUGUGUGGAGGUAGACGGCUUUGAGUUCUAUAGCAACAGAGCUCAGACUCACUCCUCACUCAACAGCCUCAACCCCCAGUGGAACCAGGAGAUCUCCUUUCAGGUAGAUGGAGCAAAGAAUCUAAGGGUAGUGUGUGUGACCCCAUCGGAAAAUGGUAAAGAGGACAGGGUGACGGGUCGUGGCUCACUGAAGCUUGACCCUGCCAUCACCAAAAAGUGGAAGAAACUGAACCUGCCCAUGGGCCAGCUGGAACUCAGCCUGUCAAUUAUGUACUCGCCCCAUCCCCUGGACCCACCAAGCUCCACCCUCCCCCAGCAGCUGCCAGUGUUCUCCAUUCCGAUUGAAGUGGUGGCUCAGCAGGAGGGUGUGCUGGUGCCCCAGGUAGUGCGCUCCUGUGCGGAGGAGGUGGAGAGGAGGGGCCUGCAGGAGGAGGGCAUCUACAGAACCUCCGGCUCCGCCAAGGACAUCCAGCUCCUCAAACACACAUUUGACACAAACCUGGGUGAGGCUCUGAAAUGUGUGAGGUCAGCUGAGGUCAAUGUGGUGUCUGGGACGCUGAAGCUUUACUUCAGAGAUCUGCCGGAACCACUGUUCCCUGUUGACCAUUAUCAUAGUCUAAAGAAAGCUCUAGAUCUUCCUGACUUGAGCUCCAAGCAAAGCACUCUGCAGAACAUCCUGGAGUCGUGCCCGGAUGCCAACCGUAACACCCUCCUCUACCUCUUCCACCACCUUAGGAGGGUGGCUGAACGGGUGGAUGUGAAUAAGAUGUCCAUAAUGAAUUUGGCCACGGUGUUUGGGCCAAGUCUCUUGCGCCCCCCUGUGUCACGAGUGGACAUCUCAGAGGAGGUGGUGGUACAGGUGCAAGUGGUGUUUUUUUACCUACAGUGUAAUGACCUGCCCACUCCUCUCACCUCUCUACCAGUGGAUACAGAGAAUGAAGAGGAAACCAUUAUGUGAACUACAUUUCCCAGAAUUCUUGGUUGAAUGUUGAAUGUUAAACGUUAUGGCAUGUACAGUACCUGUAUUUAUUGAUAACCGCCCAAUAAUGCACCAAAAUCGGUCAAGACUACAUUCAUGUACUGUAUAUCUGUAAACCUAGAAUGUCUAUUGUAAAUUAGUUAUUAAACAUGUUUAUUAAUUAAA